GAGAGAGAGAGAGGUGCUGUUUACAUAGUAAUACACAAGUCCUGGGCUCAAGUCAAACAAGAAGGAACUUGUUUGGAAGGAUGGUGUCAUUCCUUUUCCAGACUGAAAAGCACAGGGGGAGGGUCUAGUCUAAUAGCUGGAGAGAAGAGAGAAAGAGAAGUUCCCUUUACAGAAGUUUUUCACUCAGCUGCACCUAGAAGAGAAAAAGGAGAACAAAAGAAAGAGGGGGAAGUAGUAAAAGGGAUAUAUCCACACGGUAGCUGCAUUACCAAGAUAAAAACAUAAUAAAAUGGAGGACUCCAACAGCAGCAAGCCGUUCUUGGUCACCUCCUCUCUCAACUUCACAGUCACCGCCCCAUCAUUCUACAACCAGCCAAAGAAGUUUGCUUCUGUAGCACCGCCACGGCCCAAAAGCCAGACACCUCCAUCAGCUCCAUCACCGGUACCAGUUGGCACCGGUGUGAUUGGUCGGGUGGGAGAUCUGCCUCCACCACCCCCAUCGCUAUGUGAUUACUUCCCACCCCCUCCUCCACCUCCUCCACUGGAAGAUGAUUUGCCAGCACCUCCCCCUGAAUGUCAUACCUCACCCUCUGCCCCUGAUGCCCCCCCUCCCGCAUUUCCUGCUCCACCCCCAGUGGCAGAUGACCUGCCCCUCCCAGCUCCCCCAGAGGAGAGUGCCUGUCCACCCACCUGUCCUUCUCCCCCUCCUCCCCCACCCCCUCCACCUCUCCCUGCAUCAGGUACCAGUCUUCCCAGUGCUGCUGUGAAUCCACAGAGACAGAUGGAGAAGCAGACUAGCUUUGAUCAGCAGCUGGACUCUCUGACUGACUUACUGUCUGAGAUGGAGACCAGAGGACCCUUUAACCCAAAGUUACCAAGCCAGUAUUCUUCAGCACCAGCACCAGCACCCAAGCCUUCAGGUCCUCCUCCCACUGCUCCUAAACCAGCACUCUCCUUCCUCCCACCGCCUGAGAUGGGAGACCGCCCACCUCCAGCACCUUGGGCCGAAGAACUAAGAGCCAGAACCAACCGUCAAGCCAAUCACAACUCUGCACCAAACUCUGCUGCUCAAGCAUUUCCGAAGGCCCCAGCAGUGGCACCUAAGUCUGGUUUUGGAGGGAGGACAACUUCAGCGGCUGCUCUGGCACAAAAACUGAACCAGAAUCUGAACCAGACCCCUGCUCCAGUCAGUGUAGCACCGAAACCUUCUCCCCCCUUUGCCUCCAGCUCUUUCCCUCCACCACCCGCAGCACCCCCUGCAGCACCCCCCGCACCUCCAACUCCACCAAACAGCAUGGUAGCUGCUCCAGCCUCUAAUCACGUAAAGAGUUCCCCCUUUUCCACUCAAGUGAACCUGAACCAAAACCCUCCUGUGGCUGUGCCGCCUCCUCAACCCAAGACGAUGGUAUCUCCACCCUCUUCAUUUAACCAACCAAUGAAAACUCCCCCGUCAUCAAUGCCCUCACCUCCUGCCCCAGUUCCUAUCCCAGGUGGAGGCGUUCCUCUAAAUAUGAGGGAAGUGGAGGAACUCGAGAGAAUGACUCAGGAUUUCAUUAAAGACAUGGACAAACAUCCAUCAGUCAUCACCUCCGCUCCUUCAGAGGUUUGUGGGAAAUGUGGCGAAGCUCUAUCCCGAAGUCAACCAGCAGUGAGAGCCAUGGAUAAACUCUUCCACUCCAACUGCUUCUGUUGCAUGAGUUGUCAUCGCCCCCUGCAGGGCAUGCAGUUCUAUGACAGGGAUGGCGCUCCUCAGUGUGAGGACUGCUACACGAGUUCCCUGGCAGUGUGUUCCAGAUGUGGAGAGAGGAUCACAGACCGUGUGCUGAAGGCAGUGGGCCAGAGUUUCCACGCCCACUGUUUCCGCUGCAGCACCUGCUCCUGUGUACUUGAGGGGGCGCCCUUCAUCACAGAUGACAACAACAACCCCUACUGUGUCCAGGAUUACCACAGGCGUUUCUCCCCUCUGUGUGUGAGCUGUAAUGAGCCCAUUAUUCCAGCUCCAGGCAGCGAGGAAACAGUCAGAGUGGUGGCUCUUGACAAGAACUUCCACCUCAAGUGUUACCGUUGCGAGGAUUGUGCUCGCCCCCUCUCCAUAGAAGCGGAUGAUAAUGGCUGCUUUCCACUGGAUGGUAAAAUCCUGUGUAUGAAAUGUCACACUCAGCGAGCCAAGCAGGCUGCACAGUGAUUGUGUUUCACAAUGAACCAAAUCCAAAAGCACAGGAUUCACGCGGCUACCGUUUUUGCCUUUGCAACAGGGCUUUGUUCAGUAUGUAUUUGCAGGUGUGAAUGUGAAUGUGCUGAGUGAAAAUGUUUGCAUGCAGAUACAGUGUAGUGUUCCCCUCGACUUUGUUCACUUCAGUGCAGAAGUAAUGUACUGCAUUGGAAAAAAAAAAUCUCCCAUCAUCGUUUAUUCCUAAUCUCUCCACUCUCCAAUCUCACAUUUAGCCAAUCUUUGUGAGCUUGAGCGUUUAUUUUUGUGCCAAUCUUAUGUUUACUCUUAAAUUUCCAGCAUAACUUGCACAAGAACAGUUCAAAAAAGUCUGAAUAUAAAGCUGCCUUUCUUUGUUUCUCGCCUCUAUAUUGGUAGUAUAGCACCAUGUACUGAGAUACUUCCAUCUUAAAUCUUUCAGUGGCUUCUCUGUUUCCCUGUGAACAAUUUAACGAUACUGACGUUGCUGAAACAGAUUGUUGCCGUAAGGUGAGGAGUAGUGAGAACCUCCCACUGACCAUUCCACAGUUUUACCACUUUUUGGCAAUUGCUGCGCCUGCAAGCAUGGUUAAUGAUGCUUCCCUAGAAAGUGCUUUAUAUCAGCCGAUCUGCUCUGAUAGCUUUGUAAAGUCAGCUAGGGCUAAAUGUUGAAUGCAAGAAAAAAGAUCAAAACAGUGAAUGUCGUUCUUAGUCUUUGUGAUGUGAAUCUGAGCAUUUAUGGGCAUGCAUUGAAUUACGACCUCUUGCAUUCUUUUGAAAAGAGAAGAACAAAAGAAAAAUCAGCUUUUAAAAAAAAAGAUGAUGAUAAUAAUGUUAAAUGCUGAUAGAACAGUGUUAAGUGUUUUAAAUGCAUGCUUUUUAGAUGCACAAACAUGUGAACAAACAGUAUGACGCAUAUUUGCCACGCACAGAUCCCAUCCCACUAGUUAAAAUAUCAGCUGUAUGGCUGACAGUAGGACCUAAUAUGUGAUUGUUGCACAAUUUCAUCGUGAAAUAAAAUAUUUCUUCAGAGUCACUUUGACUCUAAAGCCCCUGCACAUGAUAAAAUCUUUAGGUAAGCACCAUCUGGAAACAUGAUACUAUAGUUUUUGUGUUCUCCUUUUGCUUUAAUUCAUAUAAUUUAAGGAUUUUCUUUUUUCUACUAUGUAUUAUGACUUCAUGUGAAUCAGUACUCAAAUGUGCUGUUGUUACAGCAGGAUAUUCAUCAGUAGAAGUGGUAGCUUUGAGCUUUAGGUAGCAGAUGUUAAACACAGUGAUCAAAUAUUUCAGAGCUGUUAGAAAGAUUAAGAGCACUAAAUCAUACCCAUGUGAUAUUUUGACAUGUCAUGUAUGCUUUUGAGCCCUGUAUUUUUUUGGUCUUUAUCUUUUCUGUUGAUUCAGUAAAUACCACUAUUCUGUCCAUUAUUCAGCUUUUCUACUUCAGUCGGUUCAUGACACUUAUAUACCACUUUAUUCUACUGUUACUGUACUGAAUUUCAUAGAUAAAGGCCUAAAAUAAUAUGUUUCCAUGUCUAUUUUGGGGAUGUGCCUCCACUUCCUCUUGUUUUCAUUCUUCCUUUUGAUUUUAGCCUGAUUUUCAGUUCCUCUUCCUGUGUAAGAAAAUAGUUGUUACUCGUGCUUGCGUUGAGCCUGGUGCGGUGUAACACCAGAAAGUCUUUACAAGACAUAACAGCAGUGAUUCAGCAUUGCAUGUUAACUGUGUAGGCAGUGGCAGCAUCUCCUCUAGUAUUAUUAUGUCUUUUGUUUGCACCAACUGCUCCACCUUUGUGGAGGCCCUGCCUUUGUCAUCACCAUGUGGUAUUUAAACAUAUGAUGAUGCCUUUACAGUUGCAUUUAACUUUGUUGUGUUUUGUCCUAUUGUAUUACUUGCUGAUGCCUUGUCUUUUCAUAUAACUUUUUUUUUUUUAUAAGUUCCUGUGUAUUAUGUGUGAAUGUGUAUAUGUUUAAAAACAAUAUUUAGCCCCACCCCUUUUCUCCACUGGCUGUAUCAAACGAUAAACAACUAAACAAAUAAAAAAGCUAAAUAACAAAA